GCAGUUCCCCGCAAGAAAGAUAGAAAGAGCGCCUGCCGGGCUGUUGCCCAAAAUCAAGGCAGUAUAGGAGUAGAAAUAUGUUUAACAGCAUUAUCAUGUCUAGAGUUCGAAUCCCGGGAGGGAAUGGAAUGGGGGUUUUUGAAACGGGAUUAAUGUAAUGGCCUAAAAGACUGGGUAAGAGUUCUCGGAACUGAGAGAGAUUAAUAAUGGCAGAGAAAGUGGGCGUUGAUCGUAUAAAGGGCCCCUGGAGUCCCGAGGAGGAUGCUUUAUUGCAGUGCCUGGUGCAGAAAUAUGGGGCCAGAAAUUGGUCGCUUAUCAGCAAAGGUAUUUCUGGCCGUUCUGGAAAAUCAUGCCGUUUGCGCUGGUGCAACCAGCUCAGCCCUCAGGUCGAGCAUCGGCCUUUUACACCUGCUGAAGAUGCCGCCAUUGUUGAAGCCCAUGCUAAGCAUGGAAAUAAAUGGGCGACGAUCGCUCGCUACUUGCAGGGGCGCACCGACAACGCUAUUAAGAACCACUGGAACUCAACCCUGCGUCGCCGAUGCCAGGAUUCGAACCCGGGACUUGCUGCUGCUGUUACUCACAACGAAGAUAACAGCAGUAGCCUCAAGCGCAGCAGCUGCAGCAACGAUGAUGGCAGCAGCACUCUGCAGGAUGAAAAUUGCGGCUUUGAGGAGGCUGAUUCAAAGCGCCUCAAAAGCCAUGGAAAUGAUUGUCUGGAAGAGUCAAAGCAGGCUCCACAGGUCGUCUACAAGCCUGUUCCUGUUGCGUCCUGUGGAUUUCUGAAGCCUCCGCAGCAAGAAGCGACUGUUUCGAGCUCUGCGAGCGUCGAUCCGCCGACCUCGCUUUGUUUGUCACUCCCGGGGCUCGAACCCCCGACCACCCCCUCCUCCAAGCCCGUCGAUGCUCAAACCAGAAAAGAUUCCCCUUCUCCUUCACCUACCCCCGUUCCUACCGUUCCCGUUCCCGUUCCCGUUCAGGUCCAGAUUCCCGUUCCUGCAAGUGCAUUUGGGUAUGUGAGAGCUGACGAGGCGAUGUCGUGGAUGAGUGCCGUUGUUCGAGCCACCGUGGCGCACACUCUGGCGCCCAUCCUGAACUCUCCGCCGCCACGUGGCAGCGCCUCCGAUCACGGACCCCCUGUGACGGGUGAUAUUCUGGCGGUGAUGCGCGAGAUGAUUGCCAAGGAGGUGCAGAAAUACAUGUCGGGAAAUAACGGCCAUCACCCGCCGGCGCCUAUGACGCCGGCGGCGGCGGCGGCUGCUUCGUAUUCGUAUUCGUAUUCGAUUCCCACCGUAUAUACGCCCUUGGCUCCUCAUCAUCCCCUGGGCGCCUUUCGCCCUUCUAAUGUUGUUGCUCACCUGAACAAACAGGUGUCCGAUUUGGGGCGCUGAACAAACAGGUGUUCGAGGUUCGGUGUUCGAGUCUCGGCCGUGGCUGUCUUUAAUAAUAAAGAGCCUUUGGAAUGGAGUGGAGAGGAGGAGGAGAUGAGAAACGGGUAUUUUACUGCUGCUAAGUAGCAAUCAAUCUAUCAAUGGUUCUUUUGCCUUGGUUUCUUUGUCUCGUGGGGGCUGGCGAUCAAGAAUCGCUCUGCAAGUUCAGAUGCCCAACUGAAGAAGAAAGUAUAUGUAUAUGUAAUUAUGAAUGUAUGUGGACUAAGCAAUGACCAACUGUAAGAAAAGAGGUGAACUUGAGAAUAUUGUAAAGUUUUCUUCUUCUGUAA